GGGCGUGGCACACUUAAAUUAUUGCAAAACCAUAACAAACCUCACCCUGUGAAGCUCAACUCAAAAUAUCCACUAUCAACUAAUUAAUUGAGGGGUUUUAAAACUAAUUUUUUAUUAAUUUUUAAUCAGGUCUCUUUAAACCUUCCAAUCAUGGGUGUCAUUUUUGGAAAAAGCAAAAAACUCGAGAGCAGAGUCACUGAACAAGACAAAGCAAUCCUCCAAUUGAAGCAGCAGAGAGACAAAAUAAAGCAGUACCAAAAGAAGAUUGAGCAGAAUCUGGAGAAGGACAGAGAGUUGGCCAAAAAGUUGCUGACCGCCGGCAGGAAAGACCGAGCAAAAUUGCUGCUGCGGAAAAAGCGGUUCCAAGAGCAGCUGUUGUCAAAGACCGAUGGGCAGAUGGAGAAUCUUGAGCGUCUGGUGCACGACCUGGAGUUUUCGCAGGUCGAAAUGCAGGUCUUGGACGGACUGAAAACCGGAAACGAGGCUCUGAAGAAGGUCCAGGAAGUUCUCAACAUCGACGCUGUUGAGCAAAUCCUUGACGAAACAAGAGAGGCCAUCGAGAAACAAAAGGAAAUCGACGAGCUCCUCAGUGGAGCCCUGACUGAGCAGGAUGAGGCUGACGUUGAAGCCGAAUUGGAAGAACUCAUAUCCGUGUCCGAGCCUGCCAAAACUCUGCCUGAAGUGCCAAUGGAAGAGCCCGAAGGAGAUGUUGCCUUACCUGAAGUUCCCACGGAAGAACCAACUCGUGCUGCUAAAGAGAAGAAGAGAGAAAAGGUCGCUUUGGAAGCUGCUUGAAUUUAUUGCAAGAGUUCAUUCCAAAUCUGAACAUCACUUUGAAAAAUGAAUCCAUACAAUUAUUGAUAUUGAAAUAUAAGGAAUGAGCAGGAAGUGUCUAAUUAUUUUGUGCAAGUGGCCUAGUCGUCUAUUCGUUUGCAACUCUAUGUCGAAAAUGUCUAAAUUGAAAUCUGUGUAAUUCGCUGCUCAUUUUCCUUUGAGUGAAAAUGUGAUAAAUUGAAUAACAAGUAAACUGCUAAUUUCAUAAUAUAAAAUUAUGGGGUUUUUAAUAAAAAACCAAAAUCAGA